CCAGGGCUUGAUUGCCACAGGCCCAGAUGCUCUGUGGUCUGCACGGGCCAAGUGGCAGGAGAGCCAGGCGCGAUGACAAGCACCCCCUCCCCCCCAGGUGUCUCACCUGGAUAUCAGGUAGCUCUGCCGGGAAGGAGGCAGCGGGGUCAGGAGGGGAGAGGGCCAGGACGAUUGUUUGGCUCAUCAGGAGGCGUCCUGAGGCUUCCGGUCUGACUCCAAGGGGUGCCAGACAAUCAGCGCAUUGUCUCCAGGGCUGCAGCAUGGAGCAGGGGAGCAGCCGGGCGGAAGGCCCCGGGCUUGUCAGUGUGAAGACCACGCCCUGCCAUGCGGGUGGGAAGGCUCCCCGCCUGCUGCUGCUGCUGCUGCUGGCACUGGCCACCGCGGGGGCCAUGGCUGGAGGGCUUCUCGGCUUUGCUCACAGCCCUCCCAAGCCAACGCUACAGAUGCUCCGUCCGACCCUCCCGAGCCCCAGGGGACCCCGAUCCAACCAAACUGAACAGGUGGACGUGGCCAGGAAAGUGGUGACCAUCACAGUGACCCCGGCUGAGAGCAACCACAGCUGGACAGUGCUGCUGGACGGGCAGAGCGGUUGUGUCUGUUACCGCCCCUCGGAGCCCCGGGCCUGCUUCCUCCACCUGAUGGAACCCCGCGAUCGCGAGGCCCUGCAGCUGCUGGUGAAUUCCUCCCAGGUAAGGCGCCUUGGGUCAGGGGCCAGACAAAGGGUCCUGUGUACAGCCGGGGCCUGGGGUGUCUGGGGCUCCAGUUUCAGGGGAACAGAAGCUCUGUCUUCCCUGGUUGAGGCUGCUGACAAGAACUGGGGCAGGGCUGGCACGCCGCCAGCACAUCCAGGGAGGCACGGGUCCUACUCAGCCGGGGGCAGCGCACGUGUCCCUCUCUGCAGCCCCACUGGCCUCGCAGCCCCGGCCGGGACACCCGCUACACCCAGGAGCUGCUGGCAGUGCUUGGGAACCAUGAGGUGGACCCUGCCCAGGUGGGGGCUCCCGUGCAGCGCCUUUGUGCAGAGACCCCCAUUUACUGGGCUCGACGAGCAGAGGGGCCCCGGAGGCAGCGGCUCCUCUACCUGUGCAUUGACAUCUGCUUCCCGAGCAGCAUCUGCGUGUCAGUCUGCUUUUAUUACCUCCCGGACUAAGCGCCUGGCUGGCCCUGUCACCAGUCCCAGACAGGGCGACCACCGGCAGCACUAAUAAACCACUCCAGCAGCCAUGAUGGUGUUG